ACUUUCACUUUGUCCUCGUAUGUCUUAAAGUCUCAGGACUCCUGACCUAAACUAAAACUUGUUUCUUCCUCUACAAAAACAGAGGAAUCAUAGAGAGAAACAGAGAGAGACGAAAUUCUCAUUAUGUCUAGCUUCUUCACUCUUCUUGUUAUAAUUGCUACUACUUUGUCUUUCUUCAUAAAUCCUAAUUAUGGUUUAACACUUCCUUCAGAUGUUACAGCACUGAAGGCUAUUAAAGCUUCAAUCAAACCAAAAACAAUACCUCAAUGGUCAUGUUUAGGUUCAUGGAACUUCACAUUUGAUCCAUGUUCACUUCCUCAUCGAACACAUUUCAUAUGUGGAAUCACUUGUAACUCUGAUUUAACUCGUAUCACUUCAAUCGUUCUUGACCCUGUUGGUUAUUCAGGAACUCUUUCUCCUCUCAUUUCAUCACUUACUCAACUACAACACAUUCAUCUUGCUGAGAAUUCAUUUUAUGGUUCAAUUCCUUCAUCCAUUUCUUCUCUCGUUAAUCUUGAGACGCUAGUUCUUACACACAAUUCAUUCUCUGGCAAUCUUCCUCCAUUGAAUUCUCUCAAAUCACUAAAAGCUAUAGACAUUUCUUACAACACCUUUACUGGGAAUCUCCCAAAUUCCUUCAAUUCUCUCCUGGACUUGAGAUCAAUGGAUCUAAGCUUCAACAUAUUUACAGGGGCCUUACCCAAACUACCACCAAAUCUGGCUACACUUGCUAUUAAAGCAAAUUCUCUAUCUGGGUUUCUCUCAGAAUCUUCAUUCCAAGGUUUAAAUCAACUAGAAGUUGUGGAAUUAAGUGCUAAUGGUUUCACUGGAACUCUUAAAAAUUGGUUCUUUCUACUUCCAUCUCUUCAGCAGAUCAAUCUAUCAAACAACAGCUUUACAAGCAUUGAGAUAUCAAAAUCUACAAGUAAUUUGAUAGCUAUUGAUAUAGGGUUUAACAAAAUCGAAGGUUAUUUACCUGUAAAUUUUCAGACUUUCCCAUAUCUAUCUUCAUUAUCUCUUCGAUACAAUAAAUUCCGAGGUCCCAUUCCAUACGGGAAUACAUUAUCACUGAGAAGAUUAUUCCUUGAUGGUAAUUUCUUAAAUGGGAAAGUUCCAAACCGGUUUUUCUCCGACGGUUCUUCUUCUUCACCUAUUUCUGGCAGGUUUGGAGACAAUUGUCUGGAGAGUUGCCCGGCUUCUUCGGAACUUUGUUCGCCUUCACAGAAAUCUACUUCUGUUUGUAAGCAAGCAUAUGGUAGUAAAAAACCAAGGUUUUAGUUUUGUUAAUUAGGGUUUAUGAUUAAUUAUCAAGAUAAUAAGAUAUAAAAUAAUUGGUUAACAUGUGAGUUUGUAAAAGAAGAGGGUUUAACAGGUGUAAUGGAAAUAAAAGUUAUGCUUAGAUUCUGUUUUUCUUUUACUCUGUUUUUGUUCUGUGAAGUGUCGGUUGUAAAAUGGAGUAUCUUUUCUAUGUUGUAGGUGGAAUUUGUUCCUUUAAAACGAUUAAAUGUCAUGAAGGGAUACGUUUUGACAAA